CUCCUCUCUCUCCCUCUCUCUCCCAAUGAAGAAAAAAAAACCAGAAACCUCCUCUUACCCAUUACACAAAUCUUCAUAAAUGACACUUGUACAUCCACCAUCUUCUCUCAUUAUCACCAUCAUCUUCACAGCCUUCAUAUCUUCACUGACACCACAUGAUAGGGUGGUCCAUGGCCUUGGCUUAGCUUCUACCACAGCCAUCACAUAUGGCACUUCCACUGUUUGUGGCAUUGUGGCAGACAACCCUACACAGAGCAUACAAUGCUACCAAAACAUUCAGACCAUUUCAGUCCAGCCCAUUGUUUCUUUUGAAGCCAUCUCUGGGGGCAAGACCUUCUUCUGUGGCCUCAGGUCUGGUGGCUUUAGCCUUCUCUGUUGGGACACCAGCUUAUCUAGCUCAAGUAGAUUCCAACCUAAGCGCAUAUAUCACAGUGACACAAUAGCUUUGAGUGAUCUGGCUGUAGGUGAUGCCCAAGUUUGUGCCCGACAGGUCAACUCCAGAACUGUCAGGUGCUGGAGAGGAGGAGAUGGCACAAGAGUGUCUUUGUUUCCCUCACCUGGGGAAGCAUUGGAAUUUCAUACAAUCACAUCUGGAAGGGGGUUUACAUGUGGGAUUUUGAUGAAUGGUAGCAGAGUUCUGUGUUGGGGUCAGAGUAGUGUUGGAGCUGAGAUUCAAACAGGGUUUGAGAAUGUGCUGAUGUCAAGCCUAGUUGUUGGAGAGUCUCAUGCUUGUGGGUUGAGUGUGAAUGGAGCUUUGGUCUGUAAAGGAAACAACGAUUCCGGGCAACUGAACGUACCUUCAAGUACUUCAGCUUUUGAGUUUUCAGGCCUUGCAUUGGGAUCAAAUUUUACUUGUGCUAUUCGUCGAAGAAAUGGCUUUGUUGUAUGCUGGGGAGGAAGAAACAGAUUUGAAUAUGACAGUGAUGCUAUUGAAAAUGUUUCAUUUGAGUUGAUUGCUGCAGGUUUGGAUUUUCUUUGCGGCUUAACAACAAGUAAUUUAUCAAUGAUUUGUUGGGGACCAGGCUGGACUAGUUCUCAGAAUGAUCUUCCACUAGGAAUUAUUGUUCCUGGUCCAUGUGUACAAGGUCCAUGUAGUAGCUGUGGUGUGUACCCGAAUUCAGAGACUCUUUGCGGUGGUUCUGGGAAAAUUUGCAAAUCAUGCCAGAUUGAACUUCCAAUUGCAGUGCCGUUGCCCCCAAUAAAUCCGCCGUCAACACAAGCUUCAGCACCGGCUUCUUCAUCAUCCAUAACCAGAAAUAGGCUUUUGUUGGCGUUUGCAAUAGUUGGAUCAGUUGGGGCUUUUACAGGGCUCUGCACUAUUAUCUUUUGCCUAUGGACUAGAAAAUGUGGUUCUUGGUCUAACCAUCAUGAUUCUGUGCAACCCACAAGUGCUGUUGCCCCCAAUGCAGGUUCUGCAGUUGGGAUUGAAAAUGAUCCUAAUGCUCCACCUUCAAGAUCAAGUUCCAUCAAGGGCUAUAUAAGCGGCUCAUCAUCAAAGCAUGGAGACAAGACUGAGUCAUUUCACCUAGCAGAGCUGUCCGCUGCUACCAAGCACUUCUCAUCAGAAAACAAGAUUGGUGCUGGGAGCUUUGGUACUGUCUAUAAAGGCAAGCUCUCGGAUGGUCGCGAAGUGGCCAUCAAGAGGGGAGAUACUAGUACCAAGACCAAGAAAUUUCAGGAGAAAGAGACCGCAUUUGAUUCCGAAUUAGCAUUGCUGUCCCGGCUUCACCACAAGCACUUAGUGAAGCUAGUGGGAUCCUGUGAAGAGAAGGAUGAGAGACUUUUGGUUUACGAGUACAUGUGCAACGGUUCACUUCAUGAUCACUUGCAUAACAAGAAAAAUGUUGAGAGAAGUAGCAGCAUUGUGAAUUCUUGGAGAAUGAGGACAAAAAUUGCAUUGGAUGCAGCCAGGGGAAUUGAGUAUCUGCACAAUUAUGCUGUGCCAACAAUAAUUCACAGGGACAUUAAGUCCUCAAACAUUCUUUUGGAUGAAAAUUGGACUGCAAGAGUAUCUGAUUUUGGACUGUCAUUACUGGGACCGGAAUGUGACCAAGAGAUCAUGUCAUCGAAGGCGGUUGGAACAGUUGGCUACAUUGAUCCUGAGUACUUUGUAUCAAAUGUUUUGACAGCAAAGAGUGAUGUCUAUGGCUUUGGGGUGGUGUUAUUGGAGCUUUUGACAGGUAAGAGGGCUGUGUUCAGAUUCAGUGAAGAGGGAACAGGUCCAAUGGGGGUUGUGGAGUAUGCCGGGCCGCGGAUGAUGGCGGGGGAGCUGCAAAGCAUUUUGGAUCAAAGGGUGGUGCCGCCAGAUCCGAAUGAAGCUGAAGCAGUUGAGCUGGUGGCUUAUACUGCCAGACAUUGUGUGAACUUGGAGGGGAAGGAAAGGCCUAGUAUGACUGACAUUGUUGCCAAUUUGGAAAGGGCACUUGCUCUUUGUGAGGAUGAACGUUUUAGCUUCUCUACCACCACAAUUUCCCUCCCUUCAUUGUGAAAUUUCAU